AAUUUGAACAUAAAGAAGGAAGAGAUCAUUUGAAAAAGGAAAGUCGUGUUUUUAAUGUUCCAGGAGGUUUUCAUUUGAAAUUAAAAUAUUUAACAUGAUCUUGUUUCACAUUCAGCAGAAGAGUUCAUUGUGUCAGUUGGUGGUGAUGUGACGCUCUGCUGCACAAACACAAUCACACAAACACACACAGACAUGCACACACACACACUUCCUGCCCAACCCCCCCUCGCAUGUUUCCUCGUUUGAUGGUAGAUGCAGUUAACGAGGUUACUCUCACCCCAGCCGCCUUAUUGCACCUGCAGAUCUACUGCGUGGAUCAAACCAUCAGCGAAUCAAUCCUUCGAUCGAUUGAUCCGUGUUGGCCGAUAACGACCGGCACCGUUUUUGGUUUCUUUUGUUCUUUCACCCAUGUGGAUGGAUUUGGUGUCUUGGUUCCUGUUCCCGAGGACCUUCACAAAGGUCUGAACUGCCGAGCGUCCCUCCUCAGCCUCGUCUCUUGGCGGGAUUGUGGGUAGGAUGAUGUCAUCGUGCGACCGAGGAGCCUCGUCUUCCUCCUGCACCUCCGUCAACACCGCCUGCUCCGAUGGCGAGCGCACUGCCUCCCUGUCCCUGUCUUCCUCCGUCUCGUCCGUCUCCCUGCAGGACACCUCCCACUCCUCCUCGUCUUCCUCCUCCUCGUCUUCCUCGCUGCCGUACGGUGCCGUGCCAACCUACAGCGCCUCCUCCUCCUCCACGCCGAAGAGGAACGACUCGGACAUCAGCCUGGAGCUCACUCCGCUGGUGGCGCCGCACGGAGGAGGAGGAGCCUAUGUAGCCCCGGGGGAGGGCAACCCCCCCGGUGGACGUGGAGCCAAUCCGGCGACGGGAGGUGCGGUGGCCCCGCCCAGACAGCUGUCCCGCCUGGACCGAGUGGUGCUGGAGAUUGUAGAGACAGAGCAAGCCUACGUCAGGGACCUGAAGAGCAUCGUGGAGGAUUAUCUGGGCUGCAUCAUUGACUGCGGCUCUCUGCCUCUGAAGCCCGAGGAGGUCAGCACUCUGUUCUGCAACAUCGAGGACAUCUACGAGUUCAACAGCGACCUCCUGGAGGACCUGGAGAGGAGUCCUCACGCCGCAGCCAUCGCCGAGUGCUUUGUGGAGAGGAGCGAGGCCUUUGACAUCUACACCCUCUACUGCAUGAACUACCCCAAUUCGGUAGGGGUCCUGAGGGACUGCAUGAAGAACAAGAGUCUGGUUCCUUUCUUUCAGGAGAGACAGGCGACUCUGAACCACUCGUUACCCCUGGAGACGUACCUGCUGAAACCAGUGCAGAGGAUCCUCAAGUACCACCUCCUACUCCAGGAACUUUCCAAGCACUUCGACAAGAGCGACCCCGGGUAUGAGGUCAUCGAGGACGCCAUCAUCACCAUGACGGCGGUGGCCUGGUACAUCAACGACAUGAAGAGGAAGCAGGAGCACGCGGUGCGGCUGCAGGAGAUCGAGUCUUUGCUGGUGAACUGGAGCGGGCCGGACCUCCGUGGCUUUGGGGAGCUGGUUCUGGAAGGUUCUUUCCGGGUCCAGCGUGUGAAGAAGGAGCGAGCCUUCUUCCUGUUCGACACCAUGCUGCUCAUCGCCAAGAAGAGGCUGGACAUGUUCGUCUACAGCACGCACAUAUUCUGCUGUAACUUGCUGCUGGUGGAGACUCUGAAGGAUUCUCUGUGCUUUAAAGUGUCCGACCAGACGAUCCCUAAACUGCAGCACGUGGUCCAGACAAAGAACCAAGAGGAGAAGAGACUUUGGGUCCAUUACCUCAAGAGGCUGAUCGUAGAGAACCACCCUGCUUCCCUACCACAGAAGGCGAGGCAGGUCCUGGGAGACGACUUCUGUCCAUCUCCAAAUUUUGAGCGUGAAGACCCAAAGAAGAAGAAGAAGAAGUCGUCGGCGCCGCGACCAGACGACGUCCACAGCUUCCAGCGGGGCCGGCGUCAGUCAGAGCCUCCAGAGCCGCUGCUCUACACACCAGAGAAGUCCAGGAAGAGUCUCCCGCUGCUGCUGGAGGGAAACCUGCCUUGCAGACGCACCAGGAGACAGUCAGCUCCCGCCAAGGACAUCGAAGCGGCGCUUAGUCCACAAGGUGAGAACCACCACAGCUUUCACAUGAGGAAAACAAAUCAUGGAGAAUGUCCUCCUGAUCUUCUGCUUUUGUCACAUUUAACAUACUUAGCAGUAUCAAAACCAGCUGACCUCUUAAAAUAGAGAUGAGAGACAUUCUCACAUGGAUUUAGUUCUGGUGUUGUGAGGAUUGUGAACUAUAUAACAUCUGGAUAACAUUGUGUUCUCACCCAUCAACUCUUCUCGUCUUCUUCUCAUUUCUCUUCUUCUCCAUCUUCUACUUUUUCUU